AUGCGCUCGCGCAGCCCCACCCACACGACGGCCGCCGCCGCCCGCGCUGAGGCUAGCCGCAAAUACACGCUCUCGGCCAUCUUCCUCGUCGUCUCCCUCGUCUCCUUCACCGCGCAGACCAUCCUCGCCUCGCACAUCCAGCACGACCUCGGCUGGGACAAGGCCUACUGCAUGCUGUACCUGACCCACGGCUCCUGGGCGCUGCUGUGGCCGCUGCAGCUGCUGGUGCUGCGGACGCAGCGCCCGGGGCGGGACCGCUCGUGGGGGCGGUUCUGGGACGGGCAUUUGAGGACGGUACGGGGCAUUGCGCUGGUGGUGGAGACGCGGGAUGUCAAGGCUGGUGUGCAUGCCGCGCAGCAUGGGGGCGGGUUGUUGGAGUAUGGGCACUCGCCGUGGCCGUAUUUGGGGAAGACCACGGCCGUGAUCACGUCGGCGUUGACGGUGGCCGGGCUGUCGUGGUAUUUGGCUGUGUCGAUGACCACGCCGAGCGAUCUGACGGCGAUUUAUAACUGCAGCGCGUUUUUUGCGUAUGCGUUUUCCGUACCGUUGCUGAAGGAGAAGUUGCGGGCGGAUAAGAUGUUGGCGGUGGCGGUGGCUAUUGUGGGCGUGUUGGUGGUUGCGUAUGGGGAUGGUGCUGGGGAUGGGUCGUCGGAGGAGGCGUCGGCCGUGCCCGGGGGUGGUGGGGUCGUGGUCGAUCCUGGGACGAGGUUUGCCGGGAAACAUGAUCAUCGGCGUGGGGGGGUCAUCUUCGCGAACACCUUUGGGAGUCUCAUGGGGGCCUUCACGCUGUUUGUGCUGUGGAUCCCGAUACCGGUGCUGCACGUCCUGGGGUGGGAGACGUUCGUGAUACCCACGGGCGAGACGGCGUGGCUUCUGUUCAUCAGCGUCAUCAUGAACAUGCUGUUCUCGGGCUCGUUCCUCGUGCUCAUUUCGCUGACCAGCCCCGUGCUCAGCUCGGUGGCGUCGCUGCUGACCAUCUUUAUGGUUGCCAUUGUCGACUGGUUCGUGACGGGUACACCGCUGAGCGGGGCGGCCAUGUUUGGCGGGCUGUUGAUCGUCAUCGCGUUUGCCAUGCUCAGCUGGAGCACGUGGCGCGAGAUGAAUGAGGAGGAGCAUAGGAAGCAGGUCGACUUGAGCGGUGACGAGGACGAUUAG